GGGCGUGUCUGCUGGUCGCCAUGCUGCGAAGCUGAGCUUUUGGAAGAAAGCUAGCUAGCUACCUUCCUGGAGGACCUAUGGCUGCUAUGACUAGCUGCAGGAAAUGGUGUACCCUUGUCCUGACCCUGUGUCUAACACAAGGAGCACUUGGUUGCACACCUGUGCUUAUUGGAGGUCGCUAUGAGCUGAAUGUCAGUCUUGCAGCUCCAGCCUCACUGUGCAUAGCUCUGGACAACUCCACACAAGCUGAGGCUAUUCGAGUGUAUGUGUCUAGCGUGAAUGCUACCAUACGUCAUCCAGUGCUCGUCACUGUACGACAACCAAUGGGUGUGGUCUCGUGGGCCCUCCCCCACAUAGAGUCAGGGUUUGCUUACAACAGUGUUGAGAGAACACUCUGCCCUCUGCUUAACCGAGAUGAUGAAGCUAAUGUCACUUCACUACUGAUCGACCUCUCCACCAGCCAGCACACCCCUCUUUAUGUCUCCUUGGAAACCAGCAUCGUAAAACCCUUUAAACUUGAAAUGAAUAGCCCUACCACAUUACAAGCUUCACCAUCUGGACCAUCUUAUCUUUUGUACGAGUAUGAAGCCCCGCCCACUAGAGUGCGGGUAAGGUUCACUGCAGACGACAACAGUUCCAGUAUUUGUGCCAUUGCAUCCCUUCAAACAGCCUACUGCCCGGUAGUUGAGCUACUGGAUAAUCCUGACCAUAGAGGGAGGUACCAAACGAUGAAAAAGUUGGCUGCCAUCAACACACAGGUGAAUGGAACUCGUGGUUUCUUGUACGUGGUGUUGACUGUGUUCCCUAGUGAUGGACUAGAGGGUGGGUGUGGCUACAAUGAGGGGGAGGGGCUACUCCACAUGGGACGGAGGGGGGAUAACUUUAACCCCACCCCCUAUACCUCUGCCGACAGGAUCAAGACCGUCACCAUCACCGUAGAGACAGUCCUCUCUGAUUCUGGAUACGCGGUAGGCGUGGUGAUUGCAAUACUCGUCUACGCCAGUGUAUGCAUAGUGGCCAUUGUGAUCCUUAUAUUCGACUGGCUAAGGUUCGACGAGAACUCUAUUGUGAAGGAAUUAGAAUCAAACCUGGUGAAAUUUGUUGAGAGUAGCUACGAGGAGGGGAGGUCAGAAGAACAAAAGGAAGACCUGGUCGAAGCCCCACCCCCUCACAAUAGACAAGACUCUUCUUCUGAAGAGGAAGUAGAAGAAUAUUCCGCUCCUGUUGCUGAGGAAACUCCAGACUUUGGUAUCCCCAGAUCUAUAAUGCAACAAAGCCAUCGCAAUAGCAACGUAUCUGUUGUACAACUGGUGAAACGUCCAAGCCUGCUCAGUUUCAUGUUCGGCUCCCAUAUCCAAACUGCCAUUGACAAAGCCACACCCACUGGAUCUCAGGUCACGUUCCCUUCAAGUCGUUCCAGACACACCUCUGAGAGCUACACUCCGGCCACCUCCCCAUACGGAAGAAGGUACGGAAGUCAAAAUGUGACUGCCUCGCUCACGCCCACGCCAACCCCCAACAACAAUCGUCUCAAAUUUCCCCGGCAAAAGAGCGUCUCGGAAUCACACAACCCCGGGCCCGCGCACAGCCUCACGCUGGCACUCGGACAUCGUGUGAUUAGCCCUACAAGUCCAGCCGGGUCACAUGACACCAGAGCUGCUCGUAUAAGAAAGGAUAGUACAACAUCAACAGAUGCUGCAGGCACUCCAUAUGGAGUACAAAGAUCACUGAAUCAAAAUUCCCUCCAUCCUCUAAAAUUCAGCAGUCGUAACAAAAGUUCAUCCGAAUCGUCAUAUGCUACGCCUACUCAGAGUCUCCCUGCCUCGUUGGCAAUGUGUGAGCGUCGUGUGAAGGGUCAGAGGUCGAUGUCCGAGGCUACGGACAAUGAGGGGGCGGGACCUCUACAGAGACAAGACUCGUAUGAGGUAGCUGUUGAAAAUGGAGAAAUAGAAGACUAUCAGCCAGAGGAGGAAGAUUUCUCAUUCCCAAUAAAUGUCCAGUUGUCUGAUGUGGGUACAAUUGAUGACUCAUCCUUUGUACAGAAGAAGUACAACCACUACGCCCUCUACCUGCUCAUAGUGGCAGUGUUCUAUAGUAUACCAGCUUAUCAACUGGUCAUCACCUCACAGAGGCUCUUGAGUUCGAGUGGCAAUGAAGACUUGUGCUACUUUAACUCUUUGUGCUCUCACCCGUGGGACGUGUACUCAGGGUUAACGUUCAGUGCAAUCAACAACAUUUUCUCCAACAUUGGAUUCUUUGUACUGGGGUCCCUAUACAUUGUCAUAGCCUGCAGGAGGAGACGUAUUUACAAGAGUUAUGAGGCGUACAACUGCAGCAAAGACCUAGAGGAGCGAGUGGGCGUGCCACAACGCUUUGGUAUACACUAUGCCGUGGGCCUGGCUCUAAUGGCGGAGGGACUGAUGAGCACCGCCUAUCACAUCUGCCCAAGCAACACCAACUAUCAGUUUGACACAACCUUCCUCUACAUCCUCGCUGCCCUGGGUCUGCAUAAACUGAUAGAGAGCAGGUCACCAGAUGUGGAGCCUGGGCUACACAAGAUCAUGCUUACUCUGGCUCUCAUUACACUCGUGGCAGUCGUCGGUGUGGUGUACUCUGAUAGCCUUGGUUUCUGGAUAGUGUUCUUUCUAUUGUAUGUCGUCUCUUCGUUUAUCUUCUCUGUGGAGGUAUACUAUCGCUGGCAACUCAAGCCAAGGUCACUGAGGUAUCUGCUCCAAAUGUACCGCAGGAAGGGGGUGUGGCCUCCCCAGCAUUAUCCAAAGUUCACCAUCAUGGUGCUGUCCAUAAUACUCAACUGGGGAUUUGCUGUAUUCAUGGUUGCUACGCGACCGGCAGACUUUGGAACAAUCUUCUUUUUCUGUCUUCUCUCUAACUUCAUACUGUACCUCCUCUACUAUGCUGUCACCAAGUGUGUGUACCGGGAGAGGCCCUCCGUACGCCCACUCGUGUUCGUCAUACUCGCACUCAUCUUCUGGGUGGUCGCUAUAUUCUUCUAUACCAGGAGAAUUACUGAUUGGAGCGUACCUCCUGCAGAGUCUAGGGAUGGUAACCAGGACUGCCUAAUUCUUGGUUUCUAUGAUGCACAUGACAUGUGGCAUUUCCUGUCAGCUUUUGCACUAUUCUUUUCGUUCCUCAUGCUCAUGACAUUGGAUGACAAACAGGAGCAUAGACCACGAAAUACCCUCAAGGCGUUCUAAACACUCGGACAUUGUAUAGGAGUUAUAUAAUUAUUAUAGCUAAUUAUAGACAUGCAAAAACUGAUUUGUUAUUAAUUAACGUUUUUAUCUUAUAUUUAUCGUGUGCUGACAGUGUUGUAAUUACAACGCAACAUUAAGACUUACUUCCCUUCAUGCAAUCUUUUCCAGAAAAAAUU